GUCGCGCGCUGCCGCUGCAGUUUGCAUUUCGCUCGAGCUUAGAGAAGGAACAGGAGAGAGGGAGAGGAGCUGCUCUUCUUCUUCUUUCUCUUCUUCAUUGCGGACUCUUUAAUCUUCUUUUCUUCUUCUUCUUCUUCUUCUUCUUCUUGUUCCACACCGGAUCAUUUGUUUAUUCAUCUUCUGUUUUCCCCUCUCGUUACGGACUCACGCGCGUUAACGGGAGAAACCGGAGCUAACCAACACAACCGGAGAGAGAGAGAGAGAGAGAGAGAGAGAGAGAGAGAGGAGUGUGUGUGCGUGUGUGUGUGUGUGUGUGUGUCAGUGUGUGUGAGUGUGUGUGUGUGUGUGUGUACGCGGAUCGGUGUGUAUCUGGAGUCUGCACCGGUGGGAUGUCGGUGGUGGUCUUGACGCUCGUGACUCGUUAAUGGGACCGAAACUUGAACAUCAAUCUUCAUCAUCUUCAUCACCAACAUCAACAUCCACAUCAUCAUCAUCACCUGCACUGUCCGCGCGCACAAGGAACAAACUGAGACUCGGCGCCUGGGAUGAACCUCAGCGUGGGUGGACAUAUUAAGUGAACCACCACUUCGUCCACUUCAAAUAAACCCGAUUUCCUUCCCAAGAACCGAAACGUCCAAGAUUUAGGACGAAAAAAAAAAAAAAGAGACUCUGAGUAGGACGUCGGCGAGAGCAGACAGGAUGUGGGACGGUUUCAGAGUUCAGGUGUUCUUCUUGUGUUUAAUAGCGAUGUUAUGGAUUACGGCGGCGUCUCGAGUCCCUCAGGAACACGGACAUCGCCGCCAUCUCGCUUCCUACAGACACCGAGAGAGACGAAAGGAUGGACACGUGCUCCAUCGCUCCAAACGAGGAUGGGUUUGGAAUCAGUUCUUCGUCAUUGAGGAGUACACGGGACCCGAUCCUGUCCUCGUAGGCCGGCUUCACUCCGAUGUGGACUCAGGGGACGGUAACAUCAAAUACAUCCUCUCAGGUGAAGGCGCCGGGACCAUCUUCGUCAUCGAUGAUAAGACGGGCAACAUCCACGCAACGAAGACGCUGGACCGUGAAGAGCAAGCGGAGUACACGCUCACCGCACAGGCCGUGGCCCGAGACACCAACAAACCUCUGGAGCCUCCGUCCGAAUUCAUCGUCAAGGUCCAGGACAUCAACGACAACCCGCCCGAGUUCCUGCACGGACCGUACUACGCUCGCGUGGCUGAGAUGUCCAACGUCGGUACGUCGGUGAUUCAGGUCACGGCUACAGACGCAGACGAUCCGACGUACGGAAACAGCGCUCGGCUCGUCUACAGCAUCCUGCAGGGACAGCCGUACUUCUCUGUGGAACCGCACACAGGGAUUAUCCGCACUGCACUGCCCAACAUGGACCGAGAGGCUAAGCAGGAGUAUGAUGUGGUGAUUCAGGCGAAGGACAUGGGGGGUCACAUGGGCGGACUCUCGGGGACGACGCAGGUGAAAAUCACGCUAACGGACGUCAACGACAAUCCGCCCAAAUUCGCACAAGGUGUGUAUUCGAUGUCCGUGAUGGAGGAUAAAGUGCCGGGAGAGGAGGUGGGCCGUCUGAAGGCGAGAGAUCUGGACCUGGGAGAGAACGGACUGGUGGAGUACACGCUGGUGGAUGGAGACGGGAUGAACACCUUCGAGAUCAGCAAAGACUCCGAGACUCAGGAGGCCGUCAUCAAACUGAAGAAGCACGUGGACUUCGAGACCAAGCGGUCGUACACGCUGAAGGUGGAGGCGACGAACCCGCACGUGGACCCUCGCUUCAUCAGCUGGGGGCCGUAUAAAGACACCACGGUGGUGAAAAUCUCUGUGGAGGACGCUGACGAGCCGCCCGCCUUCAUGACUCCCGGUUACAGCUUCGAGGUGGAGGAGAACGCGCCGGGGGGAACCGUGGUGGGACGCGUACACGCCAAGGACACGGAUAUCGCUAACAGCCCCAUCAGAUAUUUAAUCCCUCGCUACACGGAUCUGGAGGAGUUUUUCUCCAUUAACCCAGAGGACGGCAUCAUCAAAACCACGAGGCCUCUGGACCGGGAGACUCAGGCUUGGCACAACAUCUCCGUGAGCGCUACAGAGAUCGGUGGACAUCACCAGGACGCUAAAGUACGAGUGAACAUCAAAGUAAAGGACGUGAACGACAACGCUCCGGAGUUCGCCACUCAGGAUGAAGUGCUGAUGUGUGAAAACGUCACUCCUGGAACGGCCGUGAAGACGGUGAGCGCGGUGGAUAAAGACGAGAUGGCGCACCGGCAGCAUUUCCACUUCAGUCUCUCUCCCAAAGUGGCCAAUAACCACAACUUCUCUCUGAAGGACAACAGAGACAGUACGGCUACGGUGGUGGUGAUCCGGAAAGGUUUCAGCAGGAUGACGCAGGACGUUUACGCUCUGCCCAUCGAGAUCAGCGAUAACGGCGUGCCUCCUCUCAGCAGCACCAACACCCUCCUGAUCCGAGUGUGCAGCUGCGACGCCAAACAGACCAUCCUGUCCUGUAACGUGGAACCGUUGUUCCUGCCGGCGGGCCUCAGCACCGGAGCACUCAUCGCCAUCCUCGCAUGCAUCGUCAUCCUGCUCGCGAUCGUGGUUUUGUUCGUGGCUCUGCGGCGUCAGAAGAAGGAGCCCCUGAUCGUGUUCGAAGAGGAGGACAUCCGCGAGAACAUCAUCACGUACGACGACGAGGGCGGCGGCGAGGAGGACACGGAGGCUUUCGACAUCGCCACUCUGCAGAACCCCGACGGCAUCAACGGCUUCCUGCCUCGCAAAGACAUCAAACCCGAGCUGAGCUACAGCAUCCGCGCCGGACUCAGACCCGCCGGCAGCGGCGUCGACGUGGACGAGUUCAUCAAGACGCGAGUGUGUGACGCCGACAACGACCCGACUGCGCCUCCGUACGACUCCAUCCAGGUGUACGGCUACGAGGGGCGGGGCUCCAUCGCCGGCUCUCUGAGCUCGCUGGAAUCGGUGACCACGGAUUCGGACCUGGACUACGACUACCUCCAGAACUGGGGGCCGCGUUUCAAAAAACUGGCCGACCUGUACGGCACCAAAGACUCGGCAACCGAAGACAACUCUUAACGACGGAUCACGUUCGUCUUCGCAAAAAAAAACAAAACAAACAAAAAAAACACAAAACACCCAUCCAAAACUCCUCCCCUCCCCCCUUUUUCCAUCACUUCCACUAACGACGUGUGCUGUGUGACGUUUACUAUAAGCAAUUCCACGACUUUCAUCUAUUUAGGUCGUUUUCUUUGGUUCUAGUAUACAUCGAGUAUACGACUAGGAAUCUUUUACGUAGGCGUGAUCGGAACAGAUGGAGCAGACAAAAAAAUGAUUAAAAAAAUCGAUAAAAUGAAUGAAAAUAUAUAUUAAAAAAAACACCUCUGACACGGGACGUACGGAGAGUCAAAGCAGCGCGUGUGGGACGCGACGUAUUCGACGUUGAUUGCUGAUACUGUGAACGAGCUCACGCCGGAAAGAGAGAGAGAGAGCGAAAAAACAGUUGCCUUAUUAACACAACACAGAAAUACGUCGGCGAUUUGAGACGUGUCCCUCAGCAACAGCGCCUCCAUCAGGACAUCGGAGGAACGACCCAAAACUGGUCUUUUUUGUUUUGUAUUAUUUUUGCUUUCAUCUGUAUUAUCCCACACAGAAAUAAGGAAAAAAAACAUCCAUGAAUAAUAUUAAUAAGAAAAAGAAAACACGUCCCUGAUGAACAAUCACGCAGAAAGACACGUGAGCUCGGAAACCGCCUUAAAUCACGGACACUCUCGCAGCGCAGUGCAUUUCUUUUUUAAAUCCAAAACUAUAUCCUAAAACAAACUAAAACCCAUAUAACCUGUGUACAGUACAAAUGUGCAGAUAUGUCUCUUGAGGUUCAAACUCACGCCUACCGGUUUCACGUACGUCUUUUUAUUACGAUUAUUAUUUUAUUAUGAUAUAAUUAUUAUGACUAUCAUUACUUCCAGUGUCUUCAUAAUUUCUUUUAAAAAAUUUUUUCUUUAAUGUUUUCGUUGUAUUUUAUUCUCCCUCGUGAGAACAAUAGCAAUCUGUCCUGUCGCGGUGAAAAAACGGCUAAUUUCUAUGUCGAUUUUAUGGUAACUAUUUGUACAAUUUUAAAAGUUCUUAUUUUAGUAUACAUACGAAUAUCAGUAUUUCGACAUGUAAGAAACUGUUACAGCAUCACACUUAUAUUUUAUGAACAUUGUACUGUUGCUUUAUUAUGUGCUUCAAUCUACGAAGCGGAAAAACUUUGAAAUAAAUGCUCUUUUUAUAAAAUAAACAAAUGGUGUUAAUUACA